AUGGCUAAAUAUGUCGACUACUUCAACCUCAUUAGCUACGACCUGCACGGAAUGUGGGACCAAGACAUCACAUGGAUCGGUCCUUACUUCAAAGGCCACACAAACAUCACUGAGACAGACCUCGGUCUUGAUCUUCUUUGGCGCAGCGAAUCCAAGGUUGUCUUCGGCUUCGCAUUCUAUGGUCGCUCCUUUACCAUAGCACACCCCAAUUGCUAUCAGCCUAAUGGCAAGUGCGAAUUCUCGGACGGUGGAAUACCCGGAUCAUGCUCUGACACCUCGGGCAUCCUGACAUACGCGGAAGUCGCGUCAAGGAAUAAUUCACUCGAUGUCCAUACGUUCUGA